UCCAAGUCCAAGCUUCAGCCCAACGAAGCCGGCUCGAGCUUCCCCACGGAAGCGAAGGUCCCGUACUGCCACCAGUGCCGCAACAAAGCGCGCUGCGACAGGAUGCGAUGCACCGCGCCGCGCAAGUCCGGCAUGCCCUGCGGUCUGUACUUCUGCCAGAUCUGCGUGGAGGUCAGGUACCCCGAGCUGGAAUUCAACCCGUUCGCGACCGACUUCACCUGCCCGCGCUGCACCGACACGUGCAACUGCACGAAGUGCUGCAAGCAGCGCGGCGAGCCGUACGUCUCCUCGCGC